AUGGAGCUGUAUUUUGGUGAAUAUCAACACGUGCAACAGGAAUAUGGUGUCCAUCUGAGACUCGCCAGCGAUGAAACAAAAAAGUCACGAAAUUCCCAGCCCUCGAAGGCAGGCUCCUACGGCGUCAGUAUUAGGGUCCAGGGCAUUGAUGGCCACCCCUACAUAGUCCUCAAUAACACCGAGCGGUGUCUGGCAGGGACACCCUUUCCUGAAAACGGGCCUUUAUUUCCACCUCCGGUUGUAAAUAACCUGCCCAUCCGUGCUAGUCGCGGGUCUGUGCUGAAGGAGAGCAGGGCAGAAGAAGAACAAAUCCCCGAAAACCCGUAUGGCCAGACCAGCCCAGUAAGAAACCUGAAACCCUCCUCUGUCCAUGAGGGCAAAAAUGGAGUUCUAGAACGCAGAGAUGGGUCCACGAAACCCACUCACGUGCUGAACUUUCAGAGGCAUCCAGAGCUGCUACAGCCCUAUGAUCCAGAGAGGAAUGACUUGAAUUUGCCAAAUCACCAAGCUCCUGAGAGUAAUUGGCUGAAAACUUCAGCAGAAGAAGGAACCAACAGCAAGAAGUCUUGGACUUGCUUUCCCAAGCCUCCCAGUUCCCAGCCAACCAGCCCGCCCCUGGAAGAGCUGGCCAAGUCCAACGUGACUGCCAUUCGUGUAUGCAGCUCCGUGGUCAUAGAUGACCCCAAAAAGCAGACCUCCGUGUGUGUCAAUGUUCAGAGUUGCAGCAAGGAGGGUGUGGUGGCGGAAGCCCUCUCCCCUAGCGGGAGACCCUUAUCUGCACACAGCCCCCAGGCCCACGCUGAAACCAAGAAGACCCGGCCAGACGUUCUUCCCUUCCGCCGACAGGACUCGGCUGGACCCGUCUUGGAUGGAGCCCGGUCCCGGAGAUCAUCUUCAUCAUCGACAACUCCCACUUCGGCCAAUUCUUUGUACAGAUUUCUCCUUGAUGACCAGGAAUGUGCCAUCCACGCUGACAGUGUCAAUCGUCAUGAAAACAGAAGGUACAUCCCUUUCUUGCCAGGAACUGGGCGGGAUAUCGACACAGGAUCCAUUCCCGGCGUGGAUCAGCUGAUUGAGAAAUUUGAUCAAAAAUCGGGUCUUCAGAGAAGAGGGCGGCCUGGGAAACGAAACAGGAUCAAUCCAGACGACAGAAAGCGAUCCCGGAGUGUGGACAGUGCCUUUCCUUUCGGACUCCAAGGGAACGUGGAGUACCUGACGGAAUUUAGUCGGAACUUGGGCAAGUCCAGCGAGCACCUGCUGCGGCCGUCACAGCUGUGCCCGCAGCGGUCGCAAUCUCAGGAGCACCGCGGGAAGCCUAGCGCGGGCCGCACCUUUGCCAAGCUACAGGGUGCCCAUCCCAGGCCUCUGCAGCCAAACAAAGAUGGGAAAGUUCUGGAAAGCAAAGGUCGUUGGGAAAGUGCUGCGUCUUCUCCCCCAGCUCAGAGCAAAAAGGAGGAGGAAGUGAAAAAGACCACUGCCACGCUGAUGCUACAGGGUCGGGCGAUAGCAGCCUCGCCGGAUUCUGGUGCCAAAAAAAUUUCCGUGAAAACCUUUCCUUCCACCUCAAAUACUCAGGCCACACCAGAUCUCUUAAAGGGCCAGCAAGAGCUCACCCAACAAACCAACGAGGAGACAGCCAAGCAGAUACUCUACAAUUACCUUAAGGAAGGAAGCACUGAUAAUGAUGAUGCCACGAAAAGGAAAGUCAACUUGGUUUUUGAGAAAAUCCAGACCUUAAAGUCUCGAGCAGCUGGGAGUGUGCAAGGAAAUAAUCAAGCCUCUAAUUCCUCAUCUGAAGUCAAAGAUCUGUUGGAACAGAGAAACAAGCUGACCUUGGAAGUGGCUGAGCUUCAGAGACAGCUUCAGCUGGAAAUCAAGAACCAAGAGAACAUCAAAGAGGAGAGAGAGCGGAUGAGAGUGGAGUUAGAGGAGUUGCGGAGCCAACACGACGGUAAGGUGAAGGAGAAUUCUGUCCUGCAACAGCGACUGGAAGAAAGCGAAGGGGAGCUCCGGAAGAACCUGGAGGAGCUGUUUCAGGUGAAGAUGGAACGGGAACAGCACCAGACAGAGAUCCGGGAUCUCCAGGACCAGCUCUCGGAGAUGCAUGAUGAAUUGGACAGUGCGAAACAAUCCGAGGACAGGGAGAAGGGGGCUCUGAUUGAGGAACUCUUACAGGCAAAGCAAGACCUUCAAGAUCUGCUGAUCACCAAAGAGGAGCAAGAAGACCUCUUGAAAAAGCGGGAGCGUGAACUCACUGCCCUGAAGGGAGCCUUGAAGGAAGAGGUGUCCAGCCACGAUCAGGAGAUGGACAAGCUGAAGGAGCAGUAUGAUGCCGAGCUGCAGGCCCUGAGGGAGAGCGUGGAGGAAGCAACCAAGAAUGUUGAAGUGCUGGCCCAUCGGAGCAGUGCCUCGGAGCAGAACAAGGUGGGGGCUGAACUGCGCGAGAAGCUGCUGAAGGAGGAGAAUGAAAAGCUGCAAGGAAAGAUUGCAGAGCUGGAGCGGAGGGUGGCCCAACUUCAGAGGCAUGUCGAGGACCUCCAAGGUGAUGAGGCCAAGGCAAAGGAUGCACUCAAGAAAUCCGAGGGACAAGUGCGGCAGUUAGAAGAGGCCCUCAUGCAUGCCAGAAAGGAGGAAAAAGAAGCGACAUCAGCCAGAAGGGCCCUAGAGGGUGAACUCAUGGAUGCUCAGAGAAACCUGAGUCAAACCAGCGAGGAGCAGAAGCAACUGUCUGAGAAGCUAAAAGACGAAGUGGAGCAGAAGGAGCAGUUAAGAAGACUGAAGAACGACAUGGAGGCCGAGCGAUGGCACCUUGACAAGACCAUCGAGAAGUUGCAGAAGGAGAUGGCUGACAUCGUGGAGGCAUCACGCACAUCCACAUUGGAGCUGCAGAACCAGCUGGAUGAUUACAAGGAGAAGAACCGCAGGGAGCUGGCUGAGAUGCAGAGACAACUCAAGGAGAAAAGCCUUGAGGUGGAGAAGGCCCAGCUGGCGGCUGGCAAACUGCAAGAUGAGAUGCGCGUGAUGGAGGAGGAGUUACGGGACUACCGGAGAGCUCAGGAUGAAGCACUCACAAAGAGGAAACUUCUGGAGCAGACGCUGAAAGACCUGGAGUAUGAGCUGGAGGCCAAAAGUCACCUCAAGGAUGACCGCAGCCGACUGAUGAAGCAGAUGGAGGACAAGGUGUCCCAACUGGAGCUAGAACUGGAAGAGGAGAGGAACAACUCAGAUUUGCUGUCUGAAAGGAUCGCUCGGAGCAGGGAACAGAUGGAGCAAGUGAGGAACGAGCUGCUUCAGGAGAGAGCUGUGAGACAAGACCUGGAGUGUGACAAGAUUUCCCUGGAGAGACAGAACAAGGACUUAAAGAGCCGUGUUGUCCACCUGGAAGGCUCCUACCGGACCAGCAAGGAGGGGCUGGUGGUGCAGUUGGAGGCCCGGAUCACAGAGCUGGAGGAACGGCUGCAGAGUGAGGAGAGAGACCGCGCCAACCUCCAGCUCAGCAACCGGCGGCUGGAGCGGAAAGUGAAGGAGCUGGUGCUGCAGGUGGACGAUGAGCACCUGUUCUUGACCGACCAGAAGGACCAGCUGAGCCUGCGCCUGAAAGCAAUGAAGCGACAGGUAGAGGAGGCAGAAGAGGAAAUUGACAGACUGGAAAGUUCGAAGAAGAAGCUGCAGCGGGAGCUGGAGGAGCAGAUGGACGUGAGCGAGCAGCUGCAGGGGCAGCUCAACUCCAUAAAGAAGGACCUCAGGCUCAAGAAGUUACCCAGUAAAGUGCUGGACGACAUGGAUGAUGACGACGACGAUGAUGACCUCAGCACUGAUGGAGGCAGCCUCUACGAGGCACCCCUGAGCUACACCUUCCCCAAGGACACCACUGUUGUCAGCCAGAUCUGA